AUGCUUUGCUCAACCCUCAUCGCCGCCAGUCUAGCGACUCUCGCCGUCGCCGCUCCUACGGACAUGAAGAGCGCAAAGCAGGUCGUCGACACCAGCUACGGCACAUACAAGGAUUAUGGCAACUACGGCAAGUACGGCACCUACCCAGGGAGUGUCGAGAAAGCAGCUCAAGCCAUGGCCAACUCCAACGUGAAGAAGAGGGGCGUGCUCAAGAGCGACGUCGAAUCCGCCGCGGAUGCAGACUACGGCUCGUAUGGUAAAUAUGAGACGUACUCGAACUAUCAAACCUACCCUGGUGGUGUUGAAAAAGCGGGUGCGAGGAUGGAGACGGCUGCGGCGCAGUAG